AUGCCUUUGAAAACGUCUGGCUCGCUGCUUAUCAUAGAAGAUAUAUUGAGAAGGACGAGAUUGGUGACGCUUGUCGUUCUGUUGUUAGUUCUGUCGGGCCGCGGACUAGCGACUCCCCGCAGAAGGACAGCGGGAGACGCGGAACUGCGGGAUAGGCAUGGGGAAGCGGAGAUAGGAGAGAUACGAAGAAGAUUACUUGCAGCGUCGCACGAGGAAGCUCUCUCGCGCGCGAAUUGCUCUCACGAGCAACGCAGCGGCGACGGUAGCGAUGGUGGUAACCAGCUGCCGCCAUGGAGCCCGCAUGUGCCGCGCGCCGUCCUGCGGCGAGGCAUCGCGCACGAGGGGGACAUGCUGCGCUUCGACCGCCUGCUGCACAAGAUCAUAGUGCUGCGAGAGCCCAUCACAGUGGUGGCCAUCGGCAGCAGCUGCACAUCAGAGUUUGGCGGCAGGAAGGGCCCGCAGCUCAAGCUGCUCAACCUCGAUGCCUUUGAGUUCGGCAGAGUGGUGCAUCCAGACGGCUGGCUCACCGCAGCACUGGACUGGCUGCUAGCAGCGUUUCCCCCCACCCGCCCCCACGACUUUUCCACCGCACCUCUCCCUGACGCCGUGCCAGCGGAGGACCAGCCCCCCCAGCAGCCAUACUGGCUGCUCAAUCUUGCAAUAGGGGCCAUCGGCCCUCAGCCCUGGGGCAAGUGCCUGGGGAGCACAUAUCUCGCAAAACUUCCCAAGACCGUAGAUCUGGUGGUGGUGGAGUGGGCGCUAGCAGCGAGCUACCCCGAGAUAGCCAAGGACAUGGACAUUGUGUUGCAGCGCCUGCUCAAGCUCUGGCCCACUCCGCCCGCCUUCCUCUUUGUGCAUUUCUUCUUCUGGUGCCGCGGCAACCUCUGGUGCCGCACAUGGCUGACGGAUCCCAAGACGGGGGUGGAGCUGGUGGAGGAGGGCCCUCAGCAGCCGCUCACUCGGGAGAACAUCGGAGUGUUUUCGUUUGACUCGUUUGACCGCCGCGGCACGGGCAGAGUGACAGAGGACGAUUUCCUGGUGCUCGCACGCUACUACGGCUUCCCUGCAAUCUCUAUGCGCAAUGCCUUUUGGAACCUUGCAGCGCAGCAGGCGCCGCUCUACGGCCUGCACGACCUGAUAGCCAUGGACGACAUGGGGCUGCAUCCGGGCCUGCCACUCGCUCGCACGCGAUACGCCGACGUGCUCAUCAGCUUCUUCCGCACCGCCAUUCAAGGCUUCUUUGACCGACAGAGGGCAGCCAUGAAAGCGUCUAUGGAGGAGAGAGCAGCAGAGCUGGUGCUCCUCAAGGUCCCUCCGCCCCUCUUCGCGCGCUGGUUCCCCGGGGAGUUUGGGGGGCAGGGCGAACAGGUGGCGCUGUGCUACUCGUACGAGCUGCUGGAGGCGACGGUGCCGCCAGUGCGGGAAGUGAGAGGGUUCAACUUCACCAAGGACCCUGAUUCCAAGAUCCCCAAGCCGGGCUUCGCAACUUGGCAAGCAGGAAGCUUCGCGGAGUUCAUCUUUGACACGUCAGCACAGAACAAGCCCGCCCUCCAGCUGGACAACCCCGCAACCGCCCAAGCCCAGCUGGAGAUCCGGUACCUCGUCAGCUACGAGCGAAUGGGAGUGGGACACGUGGCGUGCGUGGAGGGGUGUGAGUGCGAGGGCGGGGAUAUAGACGCUACGAUCCCCCAACAGUGGUCGGUGCCUGAGAAACGGGUGUUCGAUGUGAGUCAGAGCGAGCAGUGUGUCGUGAGGAUCGAUGUGCGGCGGGGAAAGGGAGAGAAGUUUAAAAUCCUCAGCUUCACUGUCAUGUUCAAACCCAUGUAG